AUGGCUUUGAUUAUACACUCGAUCCUCAAUGGAAACAACUAUCUGGUGGACAAGACAGGCAAGGAUGCCCUCCUCGGCCACUUCAACUUCCUCCCCAACUAAUGAUCCCCAUUCUUCUUCACCUCAGAUGAAAGAAUUCUCGAUCUACCGCUGCUCAAGUCUUUUUGGACAGUCCCCUUAAUAACUGGGGGCUAUCUGUACUUUGUCCUCAAUCUAGGUCCAAAGCUAAUGGCCAACCGGAAACCGAUCGAAAUGCGAAACCUUCUUAUCGUGUACAAUCUGUUCCAGGUGGUGGCAAAUGCGGCUACAUUUGUGAUGGGUCUUAACUACUUGCGCACCUACCCGUACUCGUUCGUCUGCCAAUCGUUUCAGCGCGAUAGGAGCCCACAAUCGAUGGUAGAGCUACGGCUCGGUUACGCUUACUUUCUGCUAAAGAUACUCGAUCUUGCCGACACGGUGUUCUUUGUGCUGCGAAAAAAGCAAUCCCAUGUGUCCUUCCUGCACGUGUACCAUCACACGAUAAUGGCCAUUUCGGCCUCACUGUUUAUGCGCUAUCUGGCCGGUGGCCACUGCUUUAUGCUCGGCAUGCUCAACACGCUCGUGCACGCCGUGAUGUACUUUUACUUCUUCCUAACGAUCUACCGCCCGGAAGCGAUGCGGGGUGCAACGUGGAAGCGAUACGUCACGCUGCUUCAGAUGACGCAGUUCGGCUACUUGGUGUUUCAUUUCUUCCGUCCGAUCGUGCUGGGGAUUGACUGUGGAUAUCCGCGAGCUGUGAUGUGGUUUGUGGGCAUGCAGAACAUCUUCAUGCUGCUGAUGUUUAGCGAUUUCUAUCGACGAACGUACCUUCGGAAGCCGUUGAAAGCUCAUAGCAACUGA